AUGACCUCCCAACUACCCUCAGAGGUGCGUCCCAUCUCACCAAUACUGGGAUUAGAGCAUACUCGUGAGAUCAUCUUCCCAUUCGACCUUUGCGAAUCUCCAUCGGAAUUCUGUGAAAGUCAGAACCUCAAGCCGCUGAUGUCUAAAAAUACACGUAUUCCAUCUGACGACCCAGAGCAGCAAAUAUGGAUCAAAACCAAAUGGAUCUAUAUGGGGCAAGACUCAGCUCAUGACCUGGUGGACGGUGCUCGUGGCUCCGCCAUCUGGAACACCAAUCUUCGAGUUCUUGGCUUUUUCUGCUGCUCGCCUGCAACGGGGAUCUACAAGGAUUAUUGCUGA